AUGGCUCAGCAAUGGGGCCAAGGCCAGCCUGGCUUCCAGUAUCCAAUGCAGACUGGAAUGCCCUUUCAACAGCAACCCAUGGCAGCCCAGCAGACGGGAUAUCCAACGCUGCAGCAGCCGCCUCAACAGCGUCAAGCGUACCCGACCCUCCAGGCGCAGCCCACGGGCUAUCCAGUUGCUCAGUUUCAGCAACCACAGGUCACUGGAUAUCCUCAAUUCCAGCGUCCAGCAAUGACGGGCAUGCCCGCUAUAGGAUUCCAGUCACAAGCUAACGUGCCCCCCGUUCCUCCUCUCCCGACAAACAUGGGACUCCAGCAACAGCAACCAAAUAGAUUCCUCAGUCCCUCACCUAACCCCUCCGCGUUUUCACCCGCCCAAGCUGCUCCACCGCAAGGGUAUCAGCCUCCAGCGCCACUGGUCGCUCAACCGACUGGUUUCAUGGACCCGCGUCUCUCAAUGAUGGGUACUACAUUCAUGCCCACCGCGGCCGGAGGCUUUCAAACUGGAGGUCUUCCGCAGUUUGGCGGUGCGACUUUGCAGCAGUCUAUAGCGCAGCAUAAUCAGGAUAUCCGAGGCACAUCCACUCAACGAAUCCCAUGGUCACUCUCAAAGCAAGAGAGGAAGCAAUACGACCAGAUCUUCCGAGCAUGGGAUGCAAACGACACCGGUUUCCUCGACGGGCAGAAGGCACUGGAAGUGUUCGGUGCUAGCGGACUUGACAAGGAUGACUUGGCCAAGAUUUGGAGUCUAGCCGACGCGGAUGACCGCGGCAAGCUUAAUCGAGAAGAGUUUCAUGUCGCGAUGGGUCUCAUCUAUCGCGCUUUGAAUGGAAAUACCAUCCCAGCUCAGCUCCCACCAGAGUUGGUCCCGCCAUCCGCAAAGUCGUUGGAUGAAUCAGUUGACAUGCUCCGCUCUCUCCUGAAGAACGAUACCUACAAUAGAAAUACGAGCGAGAAUGUGCAAGGAAUGGGGAAACAACGCACCUUUUACGGUAACAAUGGUACCCAGGAUGCUCGCAAGGACGGCACAAACUACAAGCAUCAAGAUGAUGACGAUGAGCCGGCCUACAGACCCAGGGAUCGUCAUGUAGAUCGAAGGGCAGUCAGUACCGGGAAAGAGAGCCCUGCUCAGGACCUCGCCGAGAUGCAACGUCAGCUCGAGAAUGCCGCAAAGAGGAUCGACAAGGUUAGCGCCGAGCAAGCAGCUCGGUCGGCAGAGGACGAGGCCCUCGAUCGAGAACUGGAUGAUUUGCGCCGCCGCGUAAAACGAGUGCAAGACGACCUCGACUAUGCUACCCGCGGGCCACGGUCCUUUGAGAAAGACGAGGACAGGCGCAGGCUUGAGCGCGAGCUGCUCACACUGCUCCAUGAGAGGCUUCCCGAGGUUCAAAGAAAGAUUGAUGAACGAGACAGAAGGAAAAGGAGGGAAAAGGACGACUGGGUCAAUACUCGUGACGAGCGCAAUGCAUCCUAUGGCCGAUGGGGCGGCCGUGAAGGAGAACGAGACGACUAUCGACGUUACGAAUCUGACACUCGUGAUCGUGAUCGUGAUCGGGACCGCAAUCGUGACGAGGAUAGAGGAUAUCUCCGUGGAACCUACGACCGUGAUUCUAGCAGGGAGCGACGGAAUUACUCCCCAGCUCGAUCCUAUGACCGCGACAGAUACGACAGUGACCGCAAUGGACGUGAUCGUCCCCGCAGUCCUCCACAGAACACGAGGACUCCUCCUCCAGCCCCCGUUGCACCCGCUGCCGAGACGAAGCGACCUGCACCGGUUGCUCCCUCGCCCACCGUCAGAAAUACUAGGAACAUGACACCCGAAGAACGACAGGCAUUCAUUCGUGCAGAGGCAGCCAGAAGGCUAGAGGAACGUCAGCAGAAGCUUGGGCUUAUUUCUCCUAGCGUUACUCCAGCACCAGAUACUGCAUUGGAAGAGAGACUCGCCAAGGAAAAGGCUGAGGCGGCAGAAAAGGCGCGUAUUGCAGAAGAAGAAGCCCAACGUCGUGAAGCUGCUCGUCAAGCAAGACUGCAGAGCGACCGAGGAGAAACAUCAACGCCCACUCCUGCUCCUCCUGCGCCCGCACCAGUCAGUGCUUCACCGGCACCUAUUUCUCCUGCCCCGACGCCCCCAGUCACCGGGCCUACGCCAGUAAAGAAGAAAGCACCACCGCCGCCAGCGCCAAAAUCGGCCAUGAAGUCGCCACUUCCGUCAGCAAUGAAAAAGGCGCCAGCAGCACCUCCGGCUCCUCGUCCCCCUGCGGCGAGUCCACGACCAGUCGCUCCUACUCCUCCUGUUGCAGCACCUAUUCCACCUCCGCAGCCAGUUGUGCCGGAGAUUGAUCCCGAGGAGGAAGAGUUGCGAGCUCGUGAGGCUCAUCAGAAGAAAGUUCGUGAAGAACGUGCUGCUCGAAUUCGAGCACUGGAGGAAUUAGAGGAACAAAACCGUCGUGAAGAACAGCUCUUUGCGCAACGACAAGCGGCGAUCAUGAACAAGAGUGCAAGCAGUACACCUGUAUCGACCGCUGCCCCUGCUAUUCCUUCAGCGCCACCAGCACCAACCCCUCCUCCUGCGCCUGUUGCACCUGCUGCGUCUAGCACUAACCCGUUCUUCAAGAUGCAACAGGCUGGUGGCUCUGCCAUGUCGCCUGCAGCCAACACGCCAUCUGGAUUCAAUCCGUUUGCUCGUCCAGCUGUCUCGUCUCCUGCGCCGGCUGUACCUGCCGUUUCCACGCCUCCUGUUGCUCCACCUGCACCUCCAGCUCCACCAGCUCCAGCUCCCGUUCAGCCUCCAGCGCCGGUUCAGCAGAAAGCCGUCGAGCCUAGCCCACCCCCUGCGCCCCCUGCGCCCUCCGCACCCCCGGCACCUCCUGCACCGCCAGCAUCAGUGCCUUCUAUGAGCUAUAACCGGUCGCAACCUCAGAGAAAGGCGUCAAACGCCGACUCUGACGGAUGGGAGUCGCUGGUGGAGAAAGAGGACAGCGACGAUAGCAGUGAUGAUGAUAGGGAGAAUCGCAAAAAGCUGGCAGCACAUUUGUUUGGCAGCUUGACGCCUGCGACCCCAAGACCAGAUAGCAGAGCAUCUAAUCCUCGCUCCUCCUCCCGCCCCGCGCCGCCGCCGCCGCCAAUUAUCGCGCAACCAGUACCAUCCGCGAAUAAUACAACGUCCUUUGCCAUCCCAGAUGCCCCAGCUCCUCCUCCUGCACCACCAGCACCUAUUCCGCCCCCUGCACCCAUCGCGACUGUAGGUGGCGGCGGAGAUCGAGGUGCGCUCAUGCAGUCUAUCCUUGGUGGUGCUCGCUUGAGACCAACCAAGACAGUCGACCGCUCCGGAGUCAUGGGAGCGGGCUCUGUCCUUGGUGACAGUGCUCCUCCUGCCCACAUUGUCAACCCACCAAAGGCUCCUUCUCCGCCUCCAGAACCGGCACCAGCAGCUACCAAUGGACACGCCUACAAAGAAUCCGUCGAUUGGUACGCAGACCUUGCCGUAAAUGCCGGAAGCCCUCCGCCGGCUCCACCGCUCGCAAGCGUCGUGGAGGAGACAGUUGCCCCAGUUCCUGCAAUCACUGUCCACGACGAGCCCAUCGCCACCGAGAAUGAUUCUAUGGAAGAUGUCGAUAUGGCGACCACACACAAGGUCAGGUCGCUGUAUCCGUAUGCUGCACAAAGGGACGAAGAUCUCGCCUUCGACGAGAAUGCAGUUAUCAUCGCUCAUCCAUCCAAAUCUGGCGGACCUUGGUGGUAUGGCGUGUCGCCGUCAUCUGGUAAAAAGGGCUUCUUCCCUAAUAGCUACGUCCAAGUCAUGGAAGAGAUCCCUGCUGUCGCAUUGUACGACUAUCAAGGAUCCACAGCAGAGGAAAUGUCCUUCACUGAAGGGCAACGGAUUACAAUUGUGGAUCGGAGUGAAGAGGGUUGGUGGAAGACAGAAGUGGACGGACGAAUCCUUAUCGUCCCGGCUGCCUAUCUCGAGCUAGCUAGUGAUCGUGAACUGCUGGACCCAUUGCUCGAGGAGCCACAGCCUUCAUCCGUGGCAGCCUCAGUCGGUGGUGGUAGCGAGCUUGCUCGCUCGACAGCCUCUGAAGUUGCCACUUCAGAUGAAGAAGAGGAAGAUAGCAGCGAGGACGAAUGGCUGACUGACUCGGAUGACGAAGCUCAGUUGACAGACGCGGAUCGUCAAGAGGAGCGAAGACAAAGAGAACUCGAACGACAGAGAGUUUUAGAGGCGGCAGGUUUGAUUCUGAAGCAAACAACAGACUCUAGGCCUCCUAGACCACCUGUCCGCGCACGUUCCACCAGGAAAUCACUCUCCAUCAAGACGAAACCGGAUGUUCCGACUCGUUCAAAGGAGCGAGAUCUGCCACCAUUGCCAGAGCCAUCACCUCAAACCGGCAAGUCGGUCGACGAUGCUUUCGGACGAUAUGAAGCCUUCAAGACACAGGAAGGAAAUGCUGCGGCUCAGAACCAAGCCAACCGCCAGUCAAUGAUUUCCAAUGCGAGUACAUAUGCAAGCACUGUGCCUCCUUCGUCCCCUCGACAACCAAUUUCGCCUCAUCUCGGUUCUGCAACGCUUCCCUCUUCGGCGUCCGUUCAGUCUACAGAGAGCAAGAUUACAACGCUUCUGCACUUCUUGGGAAGGGCAAGGACACCAGGAGAAGGUUCUACAGAGAAAAAGCUGACGAUAUCUGCACCUGUUAUCAGCGGCCCAAUGGCUCUGCCAAAUCCAAGCAGAGAAAGCAGCCCUGCGUUUGGCUCGUCGUGGUCAAGCUUGGUCGACAAAGAGGCUCUCAAAGACCUUCCACCUCACGAACGCAAGAGGCAAGAGGCAAUCUUCGAACUUAUCAACACUGAGAGUGCCUAUAUACGGGACCUACAGCUGGUCGUAGAAGUCUUCUACUCUAAUAUGUUAGCUCUUCUGGAUGAAAAGGCUAUCAACACUAUAUUUGCUAAUGUCGAGGACAUUCUUCUGACCAACACGGCUUUUUUGAGUCAGCUUGAGGAGAGGCAAAAAGAAUGCCGCUUGUAUAUCGACAAUAUUGGAGAUCUAUUGGAACCGAAUAUUUCAUCGAUGGGCGUUUACAUGCAAUACUGCGUGAACCAAGCCACCGCUAUCAAAGUUUUGCAAGAUUUGCGAGACUCGAGGCCUGAACUGGCUGCAAAGCUGCUUCAUUUGCGAGAAAACGACCAGACAGUCCGUGGCCUGGAUCUCUCCAGUUACCUCCUCAUACCAAUGCAACGACUCACCCGAUACCCACUUCUCAUCCGACAAAUUCUACAAUAUACGCCGCAUGGACAGGACCGCGCACUAAUCGAGCGAGCUCUGGUCACCGCAGAGACCAUUCUUGAGGCUAUAAAUGAGUCGAUUCGUGAGCAAGAAGGACAAGACCGAUUGAAAGAACUCUCGAAUCGGCUUUGGGUCGGGAAUGGUCAAUUGGAUUUAACUGCACCGACACGAUAUAUGGGACAAAGGCAGCUUCUCAAAGAGGGUGUAGUCAUGAAGACCAAGAGCCGGCGAAGGAUCAGAGCGGUUCUCUGUUCUGACAUUCUCGUCCUUGUCGAUGAAGCGACCGGAUCCGUGUAUCGAAUGCCCAUCCCACUAUCUGAUAUCAGCGUACAGGAGACACCCGGUCGACGAGAUGACCUUGCCUUUGUGCUUUCUACAAGCUAUCCGAGAGGGGGCAAUACGGUCGGUCUCCGUGCAAGCACCGCCCGAGAAUGCUGA